CAGAAAAGAACAACCACACAAACCACUACCAAUAGUAAAUUUAUCUACAAUAACAAGUCACAAUCAAUUAUUCAGUGAAGAAACUCCAGAAAAUUUACAGUUAUUCAGUAUAGAAACUCAAGAAGAUCUGAAACAUACUCUUAAAGAAAGUGAAUUCAUGAAAUAUAAAGUUAGUGUGGCUAUAAUACAAGGGGAAGCUCAAGUUGGUAAAACUUGUAUUAAAUCAUUGAUUCUUAAAUUGUCUUACGAUGAAGUCAGCACCAACUUAAUUGAAGCUCCUUGUAUGGCAUUUGGGAGUUUUUCCAUUAAUCGCUAUGGUAAAACAGUUGAUAACAGAUGGAAGCUAGUAUCAGAUGAUGAAAUGGACGGCAUAGUUAUUGCCGAACUAAAAGAAAUUGCAUCCGGUUUAAAAAUUCCAAAUGAAAUUAUAAGUAGUCCCAUUGCUGCAAAUAGAACUAUAGAACAAAAUGAUAGAGACAUGGGAGCUAUGUUUUAUGCAUCUCAUGAUAUUAAUCCUAUUCCUACAAGCCCAUCAUCAGAAGCAGCUCUAACCUCAAAUGCAGUGCAAUAUCUCAAUACUGAAGACAGCAGCAUAAUGCCAGUUGUUAAUGUUAAUUCACCAGUAGAAGAUAUUGAUAACUUUAUACCAGUACAUGAACAAAAGAUGGAUGUAGAAGAGGUUUUUAAAGAUGAUCUAGUACAAAACUAUGAUGUCCUUAAAUAUUUAAAAGAGAAGCAUCGCACCAGUGAAGCUGGUUUUAAUAGAGACUGGUUAUAUUUUUUUGAUUCAGGUGGUCAAAUACAAUUCCAAAAGCUAUUGUUAGCUUUUAUGCCUUGUAGCUCAGUCCUUGUUCUUGUGGUUAAUCUAGCUAAGGAUCUCAAUGAUAAGUCUUCAACAUCAAUGAAGUUACCUGAUAUCACAAUUAAUUUUAAUGAAUAUUCUCUAAAAGUUGAUGAUAUGCUAAGGCAAGUUAUUUCUGUUGUAAAUUCAAAUACCAAGCAGUUUAGAUCAAUAAUUGAAGGUCAGCAACAUAUUAAGGCACCUAAAAAUGAAAAGCUUCAAGUUAUUACUAUUGGUACACAUAGUGACAUAUAUAAACAAAAAACAGGAAUAGAAGAUAUUCAAAUUAAAAGAGGGAAAUUAAAAUCAAUGUUACAAUCUGAAUCUAUUCAAAUUGUAUAUACAGAUGAUGAUGAUCUCAUACAUGAAGUAGAUGGCAGAAAGGCUAAACAUGACGGUGAGUUUGAUGAUGACCCAGCAAUAGAAACUAUAAGUAAAGCAUUGAAUGAGCAAGCUUAUGAAAUUGAAGUACCAUUGAAGUGGCAUUACUUUGGCGUUAUUCUUCGUAAUGAAGCAAAAGAGAAUGAAGGAAUAUUAAAAUUAUCUUCAUGUAUAGGGUUUGGUAAAUUGCUAGAUAUGCCAGAAAAAGAAGUUAAAAGUGCACUAAACUUUUUUCAUGCAUUAAAAUUGCUGUUUUAUUAUCAUGAUUCUCCAGCAAAGGAUAUUGUAUUUGUUAAGCUGGAUGCUGUCAUUAACAUUAUUAAAAAAUUGAUGAUUAAAGUUUGUAAGCCUCUGGAUGAAUUAAAGGAUGGCCCUGACAAAGUAGCACAGUUAGCUGCAAAAGGCUAUUUAUCAACUGAAGUUUUAGAAAAAAAUGCUGGUGUACUUAAGGGAUAUGAAAGCAUUCUUUUGAGUUUAUUUGAAUACCUUAAGAUUGCUGCUUUGAUACCAACAGAUGAAAAAGAUGUAGUUUUUUUGAUGCCUGCACUGCUUCCUGUCAAAGAUGUUUCUGAUCUUUCUGACUUUUCUGAAAUACCUCCUCUUCUUUAUUAUUUUAAUGAUGAACCAGUACCUAUGGGCCUGUUUUGUGCUGUUAUUGUCCAGCUUCUUUCUUAUCCUGGUGAUGAAAAAUGGGACAUCAUUACAAAAGAACGCAAUUUCUCAAAUUUUUUCACCAUACAGAAGAAAAUUAAUAAAUACAGAAUGUGCAAAGUAUUACUGGUAGAGCAGCUUUACUGGAUUACAAUUUAUUGUGAAGAACUCCGCUACAGACAGAGUAUAAAUAAUUGUAUAAAGAGAGCCAUUAAUGAAGUCAUGAAAGACAAAAUUAUUGACUAUGAAAAACCAGUUGCAACUUUUUACUGUCCCUGCAAAGAUAAAGAACAACAUGUAGCUACUCUUGAAGAUAAUGUGCUUAUCAAAUGUAGUAGAACAGGUGAAUGGCAGGACUUAUCAGACCCUCAAUGUGAUGAGUAUUGGUCCUGGUUUAUGACUCAGGAAGAGAUUAAUAGAGCUAAACAUGAAAGACAAGAAAAUAACCUAAGCAAUACCCUUGAAGAGUAA